AUGCAGCCACCGCUGGAGCUCUCGCCGCCGGCACCCGCCCCUAGGUCUGCACACCCAGAAGUGGUCGUCGCAGAGUGGCCAUCUAAGAAAAUCUGCCACUGCUUGGUCUCUACCUCAGCCUCAUCUGAACACCGUGUUUGGGCAGACCUACCGGACAGUCUGCUUCACCUAAUCAUUGCUCUCUUAAGCUCAUUCCAUGAUCUCCUUGCUUUUACUGGCACCUGUCACUCUUGGCGUGCUGCGGUCUUUUCCUUCCCGUCAUCCAUAUAUGCCUUCGUCUUCCCACCUCUCCAUCUCAAAGCAGGUUUGCGUAAGGCUAAUCGGGAUUACGGCACAUGGUAUUAUCUUUUAUCAAACUACAAAUGGCGUCUUUGUGAUCCUGUGAGGACAGACUUAUCUCUUCGCCGCUCAGCUCCCCGUAAUGCUCCAAAUUACAUGCGCUAUUUGGGCUGCUCAUAUGGGCAUCUUAUUUUCUCCUGUUUGGAGCACCUUCUCCUUGUCGACGUUUACACAUGUACUAAGGUGAAGCUGCCCAAACUCCAAGCCAACAGCGGUUGUGCGAUCUAUUGUGGCAUUCUUAUGGCUCCACUCAGUUCAUCCAGCUCGUGUCUCCUCCUUUUCUCGAAAUCAUCCAUGUUCCAGUGGCAGGUUGGAACAAAUUCGUGGACAGAGUACCCUCUUGUUUCUGAACAAUUCUUUGUUCAGAUUGUUUUGUUCAAAGGUCAGUUGUUUGCCAUAGACUUUCCCCACACGCUCAAAACCAUAUCCUUGGCACCUCAUCCCAGCGUGCAGGAAGUCGAUGUUGUAUGGGGAGAGGACAUCGUUGUUGGCUUGAAUUAUGAUCCAUGGUUGGUGGUCUGUGGUGACAUGCUUCUCAUGGUUGAUCUUGUUGAUGACUUGAUAAGCAAUGGCACCUUUCAAGUCUUCCGCUUUGAUUCUUCAGCUGAACCAGCUAAGUGGACCAAGAUGGAGAAGUUGGAAAACUGGGCUCUCUUUCUCAGCCUUGAUAGGAUGAGCCCUACAUUUUCUUGCAUGAGCCCUGAAAGAUGGGGCGGAAAGAGUAACUGCAUUUACCUUCCGAGUGUGUCCAAAGACUCUGAUGAACCUUGGAUUGCUGUAGAGCUUGGUCAGGCAGUUUACAGCACAAGUCGCUCCAAUUCAUACAUCCUAGGAGGCAGAAGCAAUCAGCUUGAGAGCCUCUGGGUGCUCCCCAGUUUGGUCUAUGGUGUUCGCCAGUGA